AUGGACUCGGAAGCAGAGCCCGCACCCGAACUAAAAUGGUCUGCGCAGUACCAGCUGGCGCAUGCAGGUGCGACUCGGAGUACGCUACCGGGCGAUAAGCUUCUCCUUCCUCCCUCCGCAUUAGAGCAACUACUCGCCGCAGCCCCGGUUGUGCAUGUCAAUGCAGACAGGCCGCAUAUCACCGCUUUCGAUCCCUUCAAUCCCUACACCUUCAACGCCGAGCGCCACGCGCGGGCACAGACGCAGGACCGCUUCCAACAGUUGCCGCACCCGCUCACCUUUCGCCUGGUCAAUCCUGAAAAUGGCCGCGUCGUACAUGCUGGAAUUCGCGAGUUCUCUGCAGAGGAGGGGCAAGUCGUGCUCAGCAGUUUCCUUCAAGAGGCGUUGGGGAUAGAGACACAAUCUACCGAGACUUCAAGAGACGGAAGUCCGAAUGGCCAAAUGGACACGGAGGAUGGGGAAGGGGACGGAGUAAAUGGGUUGCCUGGAAAUGGUGCUACGGCUCCAAAAAUCACGGUGCACGCGAAGCAGCUGCCCAAGGGAACGUUUGUGAAGCUACGACCGCUGGAAGCCGGCUACGACCCCGAAGACUGGAAGUCGCUCCUGGAGGAGCACUUGCGAUCCAACUUCACAACGAUGACUAAUGGCGAGGUACUAGUCGUAUAUGGUGGUCGCGGUGCUGGUGGCAGGCGCGAAGAGUUCCGCUUUUUGGUCGACGGUUUCAAGCCAGAAGGGGACGGGAUAUGUGUGGUGGACACAGACCUCGAGGUCGACAUAGAAGCGCUGAACGAAGAACAAGCACGCGAGACGUUGAAGAGGAUAGCGGAAAAGAGGCAUCGUGCGCCCGGCACAUCGCAAGGUAGUUCGACUGGCGGCACAAUUGACAUUUUCAAGGCCCAGUCAGGACAGGUGCUGGAAGAAGAAUACGUCGACUUUGAGUUGCCAUCAUGGGAUCGAUCUCAAGGAAUAGAUAUAGUCUUGGAUGAAGUAGAAGAUGAGGAUGAGAUUGAUCUAUUUGUCAGUCCGUUUUCAGCCCGACAGAGAGUCCGCCCACGAGAAGACGAGCACGUGUUCGCCGAUCUAACAAGUCAACACCCUAAACGCAUACGCUUACAACCUACGAACAUCGAGCUUGACGAAGCGGAAGCAGUAUGGAUCUCGGUCCACGCUUAUCCCUCCGAAUCGCCUUCGAGCACUCCGAAACCGUUCCGCCUGAGGGUCUCCAUAUAUGAUCCCAAGACAGAAGCUGCAGAACAUGGGGGAGAAGCUGCGAUACCGGGGCCAGAUGAAGUGCAAUGCAGGAACUGCAAGCAAAUUGUGCCCAAGGGUUCUCUUUUCUUACACGAGAACUUUUGCUUGCGGAACAACAUCCUAUGUCCUCAGGGUUGCGGUCAGGUCUUUCAGAAACGCUCUCCAGCUUUUCAAAACCAUUGGCAUUGUCCGCACGACACGUUCAGUGGUAACACACCACUGAGCCGCCAAAAGCACGAUGCUAUCUAUCAUACACCACAAGUCUGCUCAUCGUGUGGCCUAGACUUCCCCUCAAUACCAACUCUAUCCCAUCACAAAACUACGGUUUGUCCUGGGAAACUAAUACUUUGUCGCUUUUGUCAUCUUCAGGUACCACAAGAAGGCGACCCAAACGACCAGUCCCCUGAACUUCUCCUUUCUGGCCUCACACCCCACGAACUAGCAGACGGCGGUCGCACAACUGAAUGCCAUCUCUGCAACAAGAUUGUCCGAUUCCGAGACAUGGACACGCAUCUCCGCCAUCACGACCUAGAACGCUUAUCCCGCCCUCCACCACGUCUCUGUCGCAACAUAAACUGCGGUCGUACCCAAGACGGUGCUAACAAAGCUGGCGACACGCGAGCUGGAACACGUAAAGGCCAAGGGCCUGGUAAUGAAAUCGGGCUAUGCAGCGUCUGUUUCGGUCCCCUCUACGUCUCCCUCCACGAUCCAGAAGGCAAAGCGCUCCGCCGCCGCAUCGAGCGUCGCUACCUUUCCCAACUUCUCACUGGUUGCGGAAAGCCGUGGUGCAAAAAUGAAUACUGUCGUACCGGCCGCAAGAACCUUGGGCAAGAAGACAAGUCCGUCCCAACGAAAGACGCAAUUCCGCUUGUGAAGCCCUUCCUACAAGGCAUGGAUGGCAAAGGCUAUGAUACACCAUUGCACUUUUGUGUUGAUGAGCGCACGCAGAAGUGUAGAACACUGGCGGAGAUGGUCGCAGCAGAGACGGGGAUCGAAGGAAAAGGCGGAUACGGGCUGGAGUGGUGUGUUGCAGCACUUGAGGCUGAGGGCGGGGAUCUAGACAAGGCGAGGAGCUGGCUUAAGGGGUGGGCACCUCAGAGGGCGGAGGCAGGACAGUAA